AUGAAGUUGCACAUUCUAGGACCAGCUUUUGGGCUGCCUUCAAUAGACGCAGAAUGUGUUGCUGCUGUAGCGUUGAUCGAGCGUUACACUCAGGGCAGCAGUCAGGCAUGGGCUCUGGUCGCCAGCCAUGAAGCCGCGCCAGGCACCCGACUCCCUUUUCUUCAAGUCGGUGACGAGACAUAUUCUGGCUUUGAUAGGAUAGCCCAGUACCUCAUCGACGCGUCCGGUAGCACUGUUCCUGGCCAAUUACUGCUCGAUAUCUCGCUGUACGUGUCGUUUGAGAACUACCGUAAUCGCACCCGUUCGGCUUUCACAAAAAUCCUCCCGUGGUACGCGAACUUUGUCAUUCCUCCCCAGCGCCGUCAUGAAGCACGACAACGCACUCAGCACCUCGGAGUAUCCAGCCUCGAUGUUGACGACAUACACGAGGAUGUCAUCGACAAGCCGUCGAGCAUGCAGUCCGAGCAGCAGAAAAAGCCUUUCGAGCACGAGACCGAGAAGCACGCCAGGAGAUUGCUGGGACGCAGAGACACAGUCCGCACCUUACUACAAAAACCAGAGCAUGCUGCUGCCUUCAAGUUGAACGCAUUGGCCGACAACUUCUUCGAGCCGCUGCAAGAAAUCUUGAAGAACCACUCCAACCUCCUGGGCACCGACCAGCCCGCAAUUGUCGACUGCCUGGCAUUUGGAUACCUGAGCUUAAUGUUCUAUCCCAAGAUGCCCCAGAACUGGCUAGCCUCCACUAUGCGCCUGAAGUACCAGAAACUUGUCGUCUACCUGGGCUCUUUGAGAGAUACUUUCCGAAUCGACGCCCACCCUGAUGAGGCUUUGGAUGCUGUUUCGCAAUCCGAUAAAGGUGCUGCUGAGCUUCCUUGGGUAUCACCGCAAACCUUUGGUCCCCUUGCCGUAGUCAGCUACAUCGGACAGAGCCUCUUCAGUCAGCUUCCGCUACCGAAGACUGACUCGGGUCUGGAACAUUUACCCGCCAGGCGUCAAACAAGCUUCCUCAAGAGAUACCUUCCUGCAGUGCUUGGUCUUACAUCUACAUCGCUCGCUCUGCUGGCAUUCUGGGCAUACAACAACCUCACUUGGCCGCACGGAGAAGCAGUCCACUUUNUUGGCCGAAGGAGAUUAGUAGACUAUGGUGCUGCUGGCGCAACUCUCUCUGCUCUAGGUAGCCUUGGUCUGCAGAUGCAACAACAGCAACAGCAAAAUCAAGCCCCUGUGCAGGUUGACGUUACUGUCGACGAGCAGGUCUCGCCGUAG